ACGCCGCCCCUGGGGCCGCGCGUUUUUUCGGCUCUAGGAUACACACUCUGUUACGGAAAGACGUUUCUCCAGGAAAGGCUAAACACCCUUGGACGGGACGGGUGAGCGAGAGACCUCAGCCUUCCGUUGCUGCUCCUGGGGCCCUGGAUGAGCGACCCCUGCCUUCUGAGCAGCCCUGUCGGGUCCGCGGCGGGCGUGUAGGGGAAGGACUCGUGGUUGGUCAGUGGCUCUGCCUUCCGCACCCCGCAGGGUUCCGCCCUGGACGCUUAGCAUCCGCGGUCCCGUGCGUGUCUGCGGUGCGGCCCGGAGCACCGUUCCCUUCUGCGGAGGUGGAGGCCUCGGUGGCCCAGGGCCGGCUCUCCCGCGUCCAGGCACACCGGUACCUGUCACCUGUGCACCGCGGGGCUGUGCGCCCAGCACCAGCUCACCGCACUUCCUAUCCCGUCCCACUCCCAAGGCCUCCGCUUCAGUUACAUGGUUUCCCCAAGGUCACCUUUUUGUAAUCAGCCCCUCGUAGAUUGGGCUACAAGAUGAGACCCUGUCUCCAUCAACAAGCAAGCACAUAGUCUUAAAAAAAUAACAGCAACCCAGUUUUGAUUCUGUUUUCUUCCGCCGCUUUUAUGGUCAGAAUUGAAGCAUUUUAAAAUUCGGGGCAGGAAGAAACUCACCCCCCCGCCCGGGUGUUUCAUUUUGGAUCAAAACUAGGUGGUCCAGACCAAGAACAAAGUCUGUAGUCCGAACAAAAAAAGAAAAAAAAAUCUGGUUACUUGAAAUUUGAAUUUGGUGAAUUAAUUUGAUAUUAAUGAGAUAAUAGCCAAGGUGAACCAAGGUUUUACAGAAUCUGUUGGAAUGGAUUUGGAGACAUCAGGAUGGAACUAAAACACAGGAAUGAAAGCCAGUUUUUAUACCGUCACGUUAUACCUGACUUGUAGCUGCAGACGGCCUUCUUUUUAACCAAAGAAAAAAUCGUGCUGACAAAGGCAAACCCUUGGAGGCCCGUCCGUUAUAAAUAUGUUCCGACUCCGAGGCGUAUCUCAACUCUCGUGGAGAGCGUUUCAAUUCCGCCCCUUGAGUUGUGAGGCAUUAACUAUUCAGAUACGGAGCUGUACGGACGAAGAACAAGUGUUCCAGCUCCUUGAAAGAAAUGCUGCCACGCUCUCGCAGCAGCAAGUGGGUUGCGCGUUUAACGUGCUUUGGCAGCUUCAGAAGCGGAAGGGCAACGUGGAAAAAAAUACUGAGUAUGUUAGAAACCACCCGCAUUUUCUUACCCUUUGCAACGUAGCGACAAAUCAUGUUCAAGCCAUGACCGAUGGCACCCUGGUGGACGUGCUGUACAGAGUAAGACAGUUUGCCGUUGAAGCCCAUCACCCGCUAGUGGGAGCGCUGGUUACAGAGGGAUGGAAAAGACUGGAAAGGUUUAAUCUGAAUGUGCUGUCAAUGUUUUCCAAUUGCCUGGCUGAUCAGAAUUUAUAUCUUAGUCCAUUAAUGGGAAAAAUAGCUGAUAUUGUAAAUAGGAACUUGGAAACUAUACAGGACUUAAGGGCCUUGUCUGUCUUGAUGGUCAGCAUUUCUUCUUUAAUAUCACACUGUUUCCAAGAACGGCUUUUGAACAAAACAGAACUUCUUUUUGACACUGUAGAUUCUUCCAAGGUCAACACUGCAAGAAGGAUAGUACUGUUUCUUCGCAAUGUCAGAUAUAGUUAUUACCCACUGUUAGAGAGGUGUAAUAAAGUGUUUAUAAGCAAUAUAAGCCAUCUUGAUUUGGAGUUCAUCAGUAGAAUUUUCGGUCUGUAUCAGUACCUGCAGUUCCACAGCUUUGAAUUUGUUGAAGUGGCUCGAAGGCGGCUGGCUGAGAUGAUCCCUUCAACUGCUCAUCACUCAAGCUUUGCCAAAUUGUUUGCCGCGUUGGGACCGAUGGCAGGACCUGAAAUAAAGAAACAGCUUAAAUCAACUAUGCUAUUGAUGUCAGAAGAACUGACCAGCCAGGAAGCGCUGACAGUGAUGGGAGCAAUGGAACUUAUGGAAAGUAGAAAUGCACACUUGAUUAAAAAAAUUGUUUCAGUUCUUCAUAAACAUCUGGAUAGCUAUAGAUCGAUAGAACUGCUGAGGAUAACACAAGCACUGAUUGUUCUCCAUUUCCAAAGUAAGGAGCUUUUUGUGAAACUCAGAGAAUUACUUCUCAGUCGUUUGGAAACUACUAUCAUACCCAGUGAGAUUUCUAUUCUGGUCUCUGCCCUUUCCAUGCUUCCACUUCCUCACUUCAACGAAACAGUGGUCUCCCGAAUUGAAGCAGUUAUACCACAGUGUGACUUCAGGGAGCUGAGUGAGUUGGUGGCAUCGCUCCUGCGGUGGAUUCAGAAUGACCGCCCGUACUUGGCCAGCACUACUAGAAAGCAACUGCACCUCCUGCAAAAACUAGAUCACUGGGGCCGUCAUCAGUUACAGCAAAGCAGCAGCUUGGACCUGCUGUGGGAGGGGCUGAAGCCUUUGAAAAGAGAAUGGCUUCAGGAAACGUUUGUUGAAGAAUCAGUUGCUGCUUUACAGCGUUUUGUGGACAAAAUUGAUCAUACCAACGCUGCAAAGAUUGCAGCUUUUCUUACCAAAAGCAACUACCUCAGCACUGAGCUACUUGACAGGAUAGCCUCAGUGGUGGUUCAGCAGGCUGAAAAGAUCCAUCCCUUUUCAAUCAUUGGAAUUAUUCUUCCAUUCAGUGUUUUGAACUAUGAUCCACCUCAAAAGGAUAAAUUUUUUGGAGCAUGUAUCCAGUGCUUUAAUUCUUACUUAGGUGCAUUGGAUCCUGGUACAUUCGUGUUUUUUUGUUUUUCUUUGGCCUCACUUGAAUAUUUUCCAAAAGAUCUGCUAAAGAAAAUUUUUAACAUCGAGUUCUUAGCCAGAUUAGAUUCUCAUCUUGAAAUUUUACCUUCCACUCUAAGUGCAAGGGUCCAGUUUCGCCUUAUGGAGUUAAAUAGAGCAGUCCGCUUGGAGUGCCCCGAGUUUCAGGUUCCAUGGUUUCAUGACCAAUUUUGUCAACGACAGUAUAACAAAGAUACUGGUGUUAUGAAUGGAGCACAACAACAGAUCUAUAAAAUGUUAGCAGAGAUCCUAGGAGGACACAGAUGUGUAAAGGCCUCUGCUCUGUCACCGUAUUACCAUACAAUAGAUUUUGAAUGUAUUUUGGAUAAACAAAAAACCCCUGUUCCUUACGGAAGCCAUAGCAUAGCUCCGGGGAAAUCACUGGGAAUAUACUGGGAAUCAAAUACUUCAAGAGUUGAGCCAACACUUCCACCAGAAGCUGAGAGGAUUGCUGUAGAAUUUUUGGAUGGAAAAGCCUUUUGUUCAAACAUUCCUCACUUGAAGGGACAAUCUGCUAUGAAAAAACGACAUUUGGAAAUCUUGGGCUAUCGUGUCGUUCAGGUCCCUUACUUUGAGUGGAACUCCAUGGCACUGUCAACGAAGGAUGCACGGAUGGGCUACCUGAGAGAACGGAUAUUUGGAGCAGCAAAUCCUAAUUGUAGUUUUCAUUUUAAAUGACUAUGGCACACCACAUUUUUAUUUACUUAAGUGGCUUAACUCAAUUAAAAAUGCUAAGUGCAAAUA